AUGCGAAAUCAGAGUCGACCACCCAUUCCUCCUUCCUCGCUCCAUCCCCUAGGAAACACCUUGCUGCCGACGUUAGAAAUCGGGGUGCUGCUUGAUGCGCCGGUGCUGCUGGUAGUGCUCGUUGCGUCCCCGUUCGAGGUCGUGGAGGUCAUUGAGGUUGUCGAGGUCAUCUCCGAGGUUGUUGAGGUCGUCUCCGAGGUCAUGGAGGUUGUGGAGCUGGUCGAGCUAGUCGAGCUUGACGAUUCGGUAGUAGACAUUGUAGAGGAUGAUGAUGUGCUGGUAGGUUCCACUGGAUCAAUCAAGCUCGACGAAGUAGUAGUCAUUGUCGAAGUGGUGGUCGGCGUCUCAGAAGUAGUAGUCAUGUCAGAAGUUGUGGUCGUCAUCUCAGAAGUAGUAGUCAUUGAUGAAGUCGUGGUCGUCAUCUCAGAAGUAGUCGUAGAUGUACUGUCAGCCGAUGUGGUCGAGGUUGUGGGUUCAAUAGGGCCAAUCAAUGAGCUACUUGUCAUGGAGCUUGUGCUGCUAGAAGAUGUGCUGAAAGGCGGGAUAUCAUCAAAGCUCGUGGUUGUGCUCAUUGUGGAUGUCGAGCUCGUGCUGCUGGAAGUUGAGCUUGUGCUGCUGGAACUCGUGGUUGGAGGUUCGACGGGGCCAAUAACUGAGCUACUCGUCAUAGAGCUUGUACUGCUGGAAGAGGUAGUGAAAGGCGGGAAAUCAUCAGAGGUGGUAGUCGUGCUCAUUGUGGAUGUCGAGCUCGUGGUACUGGAAGUCGUGGUUGGGGGCUCAACUGGACCGACCGCGGAGCUACUCGACAUAGAGCUCGUGCUGGUAGAAGACGUGGUGAAAGUCGGAAUAUCAUCAAAGCUCGUGGUCGUGCUCAUUGUGGAUGUUGAGCUGCUUGUAGUCGUGGACAGAGUCGACGUGCUCGAGCUGCUUGAUGAAGUGGAGAAGGGAUCCACCGCAGAUGAGGCGGAGCUAGACGAAGUAGAGGUGGAGCUGGUUGUGCUCGACUCACUCAUAGAAGACGUGCUUGACUCACUGGUCGUCGAGGUAGAGGACGAAGAGGUCGUGGAACUAGACGAAGUGGACAUGGAGGUUGAGGAUGAGGAUGAUGAGGUGGAAGUGUCAUCCACCACUGAAGAGGCGGUGGUGGUGGUGGUCAUGGUCGAGGAAGUGGAGCUGGAGGAUGUGGUGCUGGACAUACUGCUGGUGGUUGAAGUUGUGCCAGGGUUGAUGCUCGUCGAAGACCGUGGCGUUGGUGAAGACGCAGAAUUGGGCAGUUCCGAAGUCAAUGUCACCGGAGAUGGCGUUGAUUUCCCAUCCGGAAUAGACUCCUGGAGCAUAGGUGCCAUCAGUGCUGGACUUGCGAAGUGGUUCCGUCAUUGUGUCGCUGUCAAAGCCCAUGAAGCCAGACUGCCCACUGAACCCGAGGAUCUGGUUUUGCUCAUCGUACACCAAAGCCCAGGCGUCGUCCAUGUCAGUGACAGCAAUAGCAACAGUGCCCGCGAAGCCGAGGUAGCUUACACCAAGAAGCUUCCGUCACCCAUUACCCGGUCAGGAGGUGUAUCUGGAGUGACCGUCGCAGAGGUCGUCGCAGAGGUUGUGGUAGAGCUCGUGGUCAUCGAUGAUGUCGUCGAAUCUGUAGUGCUGGUGCUAGAAGAGUCUGACGUCGUUGAUGUUGACAUUGAAGUGGACGACGAAGAGGUGGUAGUGCUGUCUCCAAUUGGUCCAACUGCUGAUGAUAGCGAAGAGCUGGUGGUCGACGAUGUCAUCGGUGUAGAAGAAGUCGUGCUCGAGCUGUAG